ACCCUUCCAAAAUUGUGUGUAUUCCCCUUUAAGGGGCUGGGCAUCUCUCCCGCCCUCUUUAGAGUCGACACCGAAGUUUCCGAGGAGCCUUCUCUGGCUGCACUGGACACACCUUUCAAAGACCCCAAAUCGUGCUCCGUGCACCACAGAUGCUCCUUUCCCUUGAAUCCUCCCCCUGCCCCUCUCAGCUUUCCUUCUCUCAACUAUCAGAUUCAGCCUCUCCCCAAAGGGCUUGAGCAUCCUCGCCCCUCGAGUGCUCCAUCCCCGGAUGGAGCCAGAGAAAUGUGGUGGGGGGGCCGGGGCCAGAGUUUCAACAUCGCCCCCCAGAAGGAGGAGCCAGAGAUGGGGCUCUCGGGACCAAAGUCUGUCCAGGGGCGUGCAAUGCCAGAGCCCAGAAGUCGUCAGCUUGGCAGUUGCCUGGCCUCUGGAUGCCUCCCAGGGGAGCAGAUCCUAGCAUGGGCCCCAGGGGUGAGGAAGGGGCUGGAACCUGAAUUGCCAGGAACCCUGAUUUGCAGCAACUUGAGGGUCACCUUCCAGCCCUAUGGAUGGCAGCGGAGUCAGGAGACUCCCCUGAGCAGUGAGUAUGAUUUUUCCCUGGCCAACAUUGGACGAUUAGAGGCUGUGAAUGGCCUGUCCCGAGUCCAGCUCCUCCGUCCAGGGUCCCUGCUUAAAUUUGUCCCUGAGGAGAUUCUGAUUCAUGGCCGAGACUUCCGGCUCCUCAGAAUUGGUUUCGAGGCUGGAGGACUAGAGCCUCAGGCCUUUCAGGUGACCAUGGCCAUUGUCCAAGCCAGAGCUCAGAGCAGUCAAGGCCAAAAGUAUGCAGGGCUAACCCUGAGCAAGGCUGGCCAGAGUGCUGGCUCCAGAAAACCACCUAUUCCCCUCUUGGAGAUAUCAGAAGACUGGGAGACUGAGAGGAGAAAGCAGAGGGCCAGAGGCUGGAGGGUCAGCACUGUCAAUGAGAGGUUCGACAUAGCCACCAGCCUCCCCCGUUACUUCUGGGUCCCUAACCGAACUCUGGACAGUGAGGUCAGGAGAGCAUUUGGCCACUUCCAUCAGGGCCGUGGACCGCGCCUGACCUGGCAUCACCCUGGAGGCAGUGAUCUUCUCCGCUGCGGUGGCUUCUAUACAGCCAGUGACCCUAACAAGGAGGAUAUCAGGGCAGUGGAAACGAUGCUCCAGGCCGGGCAUUCAGACGUUGUCCUAGUAGACACUCUGGAUGAGCUGCCUAGUCUUGCAGAUGUCCAACUUGCCCAUCUGAGGCUGAGAGCCCUCUGUCUGCCUGAUUCAUCUGUAGCUGAGGAUAAAUGGCUUUCAGCUCUGGAAGGAACACGAUGGUUGGACUAUGUCAGGUCUUGUCUUCGAAAAGCCAGUGAUAUCUCAGUCUUAGUGACAUCCAGGGUUCGCUCUGUAGUACUUCAAGAGCGCGGUGAUCGUGAUUUCAAUGGCCUCCUCUCUUCACUCGUCCAGCUGCUUUCAUCCCCUGAAGCCCGAACACUGCUUGGCUUCCAAUCACUAGUGCAGCGAGAGUGGGUGGCGGCUGGACAUCCCUUCCUGACCCGACUUGGGGGAACUGGGGCCAGUGAAGAGGCCCCAGUGUUUCUCCUCUUCCUUGAUUGCAUCUGGCAGCUCCUCCAGCAAUUUCCAGCUGAGUUUGAAUUCUCUGAGUUCUUCCUGCUUGCUCUUCAUGACAGUGUCAGGGUUCCUGACACCCUAACAUUCUUGAGAGACAGUCCCUGGGAACGUGGAAAGCAAAGCGGACAGAUCAACACCUAUACACAAGUCUAUACUGCAGGCUACUCCCAGCCCCCCGCUGGGAACUCUAUAAACCCGCAGCUGUCUGUCUGGGACUGGGAUUUACGCUAUAGCAAUGAACAGAUACUACAAUUCCAUAAUCCUGGCUAUGACCCGGAACACUGCCCAGAUUCUUGGCUCCCUAGACAGCAGCCAAGCUUCAUGGUUCCUGGACCCCCUACUUCUGUGUGGCUCUUCUCUAGAGGGGCUUUGACCCCCCUGAAUCAGCUGUGUCCUUGGCGGGACAGUCCCUCUCUACUGGCAGUCUCUUCCCGCUGGCUCCCUCGACCGGCUAGCUCCUCUGAAAGCCUGGCUGAUCAGGAGUGGGGACUCCCCUCACAUUGGGGAGCUUGCCCUUUACCCUCAGGACUACUGCUGCCUGGAUAUCUGGGACCCCAGAUCAGGCUCUGGAGACGCUGCUACCUGAGGGGAAGGCCUGAGGUCCAGAUGGGCCUCUCAGCUCCCACAAUCGCUGGCCUCCAGGAUGAGCUAUCCCAUCUUCAGGAGUUAUUAAGGAAAUGGACACCAAGAAUAUCUCCUGAGGAUCACUCCAAGAAAAGAGAUCCAAAUACCAUUCUCCCCAAUCCCAGUGAAAUUGCUGGCUCUCUCAUGGGCGGAGCAGAGAGUGGUCUGGGGUGAGGGAGAAUUGUCUAAUCCUUCAAAUCUUAUCUGGUUUUACUCCCUCAGCUUUCAUAUGCCAGCCUUUAAACAAGCUCACUGACUUGAGUUUCCAUAGCUGAUAGGUGGCUAACCUUAUCCAACUCUUACCCUAUCCUUCUUGGUUUAAAUAGUUUCUUGUGACCUGAAGAAUUAAAGAAAUAAAACCAACAAAACCAAUCCGGAAUAUGAUUGCCCUUUUUUCAUGCAUUCCAACCCUUUUGGAUGGAAAUUUUGGAUACUGAGCUGGUAAAUUGUGAGGUCAGAGAAACCAUUUGUCAGUGCCAACAAGAUGGCCUACAGACCUCUUUCUCACCUCCCCCUGCUGCUCCUUUGAUUCCAAUUUCUAUUUCUUCCCUUAAAGUUUUCUCUCGGUGUGGUGUGGCUAUGGGAGACACCCAGUCUUUUCCAAUUGUAUAUUUUUGUAAUGGCAUUUCUAUUUAAGGAGUUCAUUAAAUCACAGUAUUUAUACACA